GAAAAAAAAUCCUGGCUACGGGCCUGUCCAGAAUUGAUAGAUGAUUCCGAUGCUUGUUCGACUAUUACCAAUGACAUAGAAAUCGUUGAUGAAUUUCCGUUUGACAAAACUGGCGAAAAUAAUAGCCCUAGAAUAUUAAGCGAAAGUGUGGAGGAAUUCAAUGAGAUUGCUGCUAAUAAAGAUGAUUUUUUACUUCCAAAAAAUUCCUCAAAGAAUACAUUAAAUGGAAACAAUUCAAAAGCUGAAAGAGAUGGAAUAUAUGCAGAUUGUCAGAAACUUCUUUUUAUUCUCGGUUUGCCUUUUAUGGAAUCUCCUGCUGAAGCAGAGGCGCAAUGUGCCGAACUUGAAAGAUUAAAUCUUGUGGAUGGUAUUGUUUCUGAUGAUAGUGAUGUUUGGCUUUUUGGUUUAACACGUUGUGGAUUUAUUCAACUUGGUUUGUUGGCUGGGGGAGAUUACUCUCAAGGAUUGAAACAGAUAGGAGUAGUUGCUGCUCUUGAAUUGAUCUCUGAAUUUCUUAAUUUUGAUGAUGUUGAUAAUUUAUUAGAUAAGGUUUUAUGUUCUCUUAAGAAAAUAAGUGAAUGGAUAUUAUCAAAACGCCUAAAAGAAAAUAAUUCGGUUUUUGUUGAAUCUCCACGCCGAAUUUCUUUGAGAAAAAUUAUUGAAGCUAAUAAUUCUGAUGAAACUAUUAAAAUGUUUCCAAAUAUUGAAAUAAUUGAAGCCUAUGCAAAACCGUUGGUAGACAGUUCUACAAAGAAAUUUAAAUGGGGGCGAGUAGAUUUUAAAACUCAUGGGGCUUUUGAACGUUGGAAUGAUUUUAUAACGGCAGAGACACAAUCAUUUCAACAGAAAAUUACUAAUUUUACGAAAGUCUUACCUUCUAAAGAAAGUACUUCGAAUAUUUUGUUGUCUCCUACAGAACGAGUAAAAAAAGCAGUUAAAAAGCUUAAAAAGAGCCAAAGAGAAUAA